CUUUGCUCACAAACAUCGGUUCGUUUUCAGCACACUCUAGUGAACGAGAUGCGACGGAUACGUAUCCAACAAGAAUUAUCAUGACCGGAACACGACAUUUGCACUCGUAUCGACAGCGCAGAGCCGUCUCAGAGUGCGCUUCCAAGGGUCUGUAGGCGCAUUUGUUAAAUUGUUCUGUCAGAUGGCUUAUUGACAUCCCACUCGAAUAAAUCUAUGAUAUCGUCGUUCAAAAUUCCCCACUUGGGUCAUAGUCUACCUCGCUCGAAACUGGUACCUCCUAGGUAAGCAUACGUAUUAUACCCCGCUACUCAUUAAUGGUGCUCCAUGUUUCACAAACACAAUCCCAAUGCAUCGCGUCGGUCAUGUCAUCUUCCUUCUGCGGACUCAAUUAUGAGCAACCCCAAGUGCCUUAGGAAUCAUGCUCGCAUGCGCUUCUCGAUCCUCUGUCCUCACGCCUUCACUCUUAACCGACUACCGAUGAAACACCCCAACUCCAGCAGUGCCCGAGGCCGUCGAUGUCACAUCCAGAUGCAGUCCUCGGCUGCCUAUCCUUGUUCUUCUUCUGCUCUUCACCCGAUAGCAAUGAAGCAAUUGAACUCUCAGAACGUCCAAGGCAAAGUGCCUCCUAUAGUCAAACUCAUCGUGUUGUCGAUGUUGCUGCAAUUUGGGAUAAGCAGGUAUGAUUUUCUGGGAUGUGUCCAAUUUCCGGGAUCCUAUAAUUUCUGCGCGGACAUUGUUGCUCCGCGGUUAGUGCGAGCGAGUGGAAAGAGAUGCAGUGCGUGGACAGACACCUUCCGCUACCAGAAUUCCGCGAUUUGGGCCAGUACUUGGUAUGCGUUGGAACCGUCUGACAGAACAUUCGAUGGAACGCAAGCAACACCAAGAGACCAAGUUAAUAAGCGUGGCAUUAACCUACAUAAUUCACCAAGGGUGAGCAUGGCAGAUGAAAACCGUUUGCCUAAAUUAUUCCAGGACCUCAUUGUGUUCGUUUACGAGCCCGAUCAAUCGGGCUUGUCCACACAGCGCCAGCUGGCAUCAGUUCCAGGAUCACCAGCUCAUUGCAUUGUCAUCGUGGGGAAUCGACCUGCCAUGUACGGUUUUGGACUCAAACUUUCCUCUGCUUCUGACUGCUGCAGUAGGAUUUCACACGAUUGUUAUUCUUUAUUUAGGCUUCUGUUUUCAGCACUAACGUAUCGUAUAUGAUAUUUUUCUCAUUCCCGGAGUCACUGACUUACUGCACAUAGCAGGGCUCAAAGUUACCUUUUAUGGCAAUCAUUGUAAAUCCUUGAAUAACGAAUAGUCUGUAAAGCUCACGGGCAAAAAAUAGAGAACUUCAAAUUCUGCACUGAUUGGAUUUGUUAAGUGAAGCCAGGAAGGCAAGCCACUUAGUCACACGGCGUAGCGUUCUUGUGCUUC